CGCACCUUGCUGAUUAAUUAUCUUCUCGGUUUCUCUUCCGUGAUGGCAGUUGUCCACAACCGGACCUCCCCCCUGGGUCACGCCGCCCCUGCCGCCUACACCCACUGCCACGCCGCUGGAUCUCCACCCCCACCCUCUCCGCUCCACUGGAUCCCCGCACGCCGCACCACCCCCGGCCAUGGGUGCUGGCUACCCGCCUCCCCCUCCCCCAGCUCCCCCGGAUCCUUGCACCACCAGGCCAUGGCGAUGGCUGCUCCCCUCGCCGGGAAUCCCCGCUCCUCCGGCCAUGAAGGGCUCCUCUAGCUCCGGCCGUGCGCUCCAGCACCGACAGCCACUCUCGUACUCGUGUAGUUCAACUGCAACCCCACCAUCGGAUGCGCGGCCAUGGCAUGCCGACAUGCCGUCCCGGCGCAAGUCCUUUUCUCUGUAUCUUGACCUCGGACCUUUUUUUUCUGUAUCUUCAAAUUGGCUCUCUCCCCUCUCUUUUUUUGGAUUUCACGCUUCAACUGUUCGUGACCUUCCUCCCAAGUCUGCUUCCGCAUUUUUGGUUGGUGAAGCAUGCCAUUGUUCUUCAUUUCAAUCCAAAUCAGACAUGGGUCGGUUUCGCGCGCGAGCACGGCAGCCCCUGAGCAACAUUUCAAUGCUCGCACUUCCUAGGAACCAGGAGCCCCACGACCGCUUCCCUUUCUUCAGCUCGCUGCCGAGCGUCUCCAGCCAAGACGUGACGUCGAGAGAUGGCCAUGGCCGCCCGAUGCCGGAGCACCGCCGGCCAAGGACCUGCCGCCAUCCAGACCCCCUCCACGCCAUCUCCAUCUCGCCGGAGACCUGCACCAAGUCCCAUCCAGCGCCUUCGCCACCCUUCGGCCCCCACCCCGUAGGUCUGCAGCCUGAGCGCUUCAACCGACUUGUGCCUGAAGCAGAGGAGAGGAGCUCCCUGCCACGAGCCUCUCUGGCGCUGGCAACCCAGCAGGCUGACCUCGCCUCCUUCUUCCUUUUUUUCCGCCGCGACGCAUCACCCCUUCGCUGUCUCCUACGGCGUGGACGCCGACGACAAGCGGUGGCCCGUACCCGGCGGUGGAGAACGAGGUGAAGCAGUUUAAUUAAGGAUCGCGGGUAGGAUUGUAACUAAUGCAGGGUUGUUUUUGUAAAAGCGAAGCGUUUUCUGAUAUACCCACUUAAAAUAGGAUGGCAGGUUGAAUUCUAAUAAAUGGGGGACUUUUCUGGAAAAAGGCCGACGACGUACGACAGAAACCGAAUUUACUUUAUUAUUAUUUGGUAAAGAGUAAAGAUAUAUAUAUAUAUAUAUAUAUAUAUAGGGAAAAUUCAUCCUACCAUCCGGUGGUAGUUACCCCACAUGUCUCAUAUACUAGCAUGUGGUACUAUAUAUACUAUUUUAUUAUUUUAAAUAUGUUUAUAUACUAUAUCUAAGAUAUUUCAAAACAAAUUACAUGAAAAAAUUGCAUAUGAGUCCAUAGUUUUUGUUAUAUUUGUGAAAUACGUACAUAUUUGUACAUAAAAAAGAGCAUACUCAAAAAAUGGUACAUACUACUUAAAAAUUUGUAUAUAUACUACCUAAUCAUUGUUAUAUACUAUAUACUACACGUACAUACUCUCGGUUUUGAUAGAUACUACAUACAACAUACAAAACGCAAGUGGUGGUAACUACCACUGCUCGUAGGAAACAUAUAUAUAUAUAUAUACAUAUAUAUAUAUAGGAAAAAUGCCUUCUAUCACCUAGUGGUAACUACCACCUAAGAAUCCACCGUCGAUCUUUUGUCAUUAGAUCUGGGCUUGGUUUGUUUUUUUUCUUUGAUUGCUACAGAAUCUUAACCAGUUAGGCUAGCUUCCACCCGACCUGUUUCAUUAUUAAUUAUAUUCAUUAGAUUAAUUGGUGGUUAUCCAUGGCGUACUCAUCUUAUCCGAGAAAAUUUGAAUGCAUGACUAUCUUUUCAUACGUCCUUAUCCGGCUACUAAUCAACUUUGCAAUCUUUUCCACGUAAAAAUAGAUUUAUUAGUAUACUCUGGUUACGAACCAAAACAGUUUUAUUUGCUCGACCUCCCAUUCUACCUGGGCGACACCUCCCUCAACGCCUGGAGACGGCGGAUCGGCGUCUUCGCCGUGGGUCACACCGGCUGGACGGCACAUUUGAUGCAGUGCAAACCACGGUUGGCUGACGUCGUUCUUUAGUACCACACAAUUCAGGUAACUAAGUAUGCGUAGCGAGAUCAUAGGUUGUUCAAACUUCCAUCUCAAAAGAAUUCAUACGGUUCCUCUUUGUUGCCUAUGUCCCAGUUUUUUUGGUUAUGGCCAACGAUGGUCAAUUUCAACCAAUUUGAUCAGGAGCAUCUGGUGUACAUAAUCUCUCCUAAUUGGUUUCUUUGUUAUCUCAUUUUUUUUCUCAUCUACAGCAUGAUUUCGAGGGUCCAAAUAUGACGACAGGUACAUGAAGGCCGGCAUGCAUAAAGAGGAUGACAAGGCGAAGUUAGAUUCUGCACGCAGCACCACUGGAUACUUCAUAUAGUACGACCUGCACCCGUGCACCCCGCAGCUACGAUUACGGCUCCACGUAUUAGUCGUGUGGUGCAUCUCUAGUAAACUAGACGAGGCUUGUAUCGCAGCUACGGCAGUACGCGCAUGAAUCAUUGAUGAAUGAAGCAACUGAGACACAUCGCUGCCAUCGUUAAUCAUCGUGCGGUGGUAUCUGCUACGAACUACAAAGUCAAAGGCAUAGAUCUUUGUUGCGUGCCUACUUGCCUUUGAUGCAUGCACCACACCAUGUCUGCAUGACGUGUACAUAGCAGAAAUGGAAUGCUUCAACUCAUUGUAUAGUUCUGUUGUAUAUGAUGUUCUGCAUA